GGAGGGUGGGCAGCUUGGGGGGGAGUAGGAGAAAGCAGCUUGGGCAGGAAGAGCGAGAGACGUCCGAAGAUCGGUGGGAGGGGAUGGGCAUAAUCCUUCCUUACAAUGGCACCCUCACGGGCCCUCCUCCUGCACCGCAUAGCAACCAACGCCUCCGCGCACCUCCCCCCUCCUCCUCACCGCGCCCUCUCCACAGCAGCUUACGCAGCACGUCCUCCUCGCCGAUCAGGCCGCCGCCAAACAGCCCUAUAUCCACGCCCGCCCUCACGCCAUGUUUUCCCCGCAUCAGAGCCCGCUUCUCGCUCGUACUCGGCGGCCCCGGCCUCCGCGCCCGAACCCCCGGACUACCUCAACGAGCGCGAAUUACACAUCUUCAACAAGAUAAGGGCGGAGCUGGAGCCGGUGAAGCUGGAGGUCCAGGAUAUCAGUGGCGGGUGCGGGAGCAUGUAUGGGAUUGAGAUUGAGAGCGAGAAGUUUAGGGGGUUGAGCGUUAUUAGGCAGCAUAAGUUGGUGAAUGAGGUGUUGAAGGAGGAGAUUAAGGGGUGGCAUGGGGUGCAGUUGAGGACGAAGGCUGCGUGAGGAGAUGGGGUGGAGGUGGGUUAUGUAUGUGAGGUGGGUGUAGGAUAUGUGUACGCUUGGGCAGAUAAGGAGGCAGGGCGGGAAUUGCUGGAAUGGGGAGAUGCUGUGUGAGUGUUGUAUAUAUGAAGCGCCGCGAGCAUGAGUGUAAUAUAGUGUUGAGGUUCAAUGGAAUGACGCCGUAGAUCCGUUACUAUUCUAAGCCACUCUUCUGGACUUAA